AUGCCUCCUACACCGUCUACAACCCGGAGACCCAUCACCAGACUCAUCACUAGACGCAUCACAACCACUACAACCCCUACAACAACUACUACACUUCCUCCUGCAACCACAAUCAUCACGGAUUCCUCUACGGAUGCCAGCAGCAAUCUCCCAUUGGUCAUUGUGGCAGUCAUCACUAUCCUAGCUUUCAUUGCCAUUGGAAUCUCUCUGUUCUGUUAUUGCAAAAAGAAGAAGGCAGCUGGGAAGAAGGAACCGAUGACUGGAGUGUCCACUGGUAGUAACUCGGCUUCUGGAAUCAGUAGCAAGGGAGCAACUACUCCAAAAAAGUCGGAGUAUGGGAAAGAGGCAGCUCCGGAGAAGUCGAAGAUCAAGACUCCGGAGAAGUCGAAUGUGUCAAAUAUCAAGACAGCGAUGAAUUAUUGA